AUGGCCGAUACGGCUACGGCCAAACGGUGCAGAAUGAGCACGCGUAGCCAGGCUUUGCCGGAGCCGAAUACGGACAGCAGCGAGGAGAACGGGCCGGAGGUCAAACGGAGGCCAACCGAGCAGACUGAGCCUGUUGUGACCUACUCCGAGGUGGCAGCGGAGAACGCAGCUUUGAAGCUGCAAAAUGGAAUGCUGCAAAAGCAAGUAAGGGACCUGGAGGAGCAGCUCCAGGUUAUACGAAAGCUGCUCACCGAGCAGGAUGAAAGGCAGCGCGCGCAGUGGGCCGUGCUGCACAACCAUAUGAAGCUGCAAGAGCAGCAAUGGGAGAUGGCUGUGCCUCCAAACCAGCAGCCGCAGCAACGUAUCCAGCAGCAGCAGCAGCAGAACGCACAGCAGAAACCCCAACCUCAGCCACGACGACACGUGCAGCAGGUACAAAAACAGCAGCAGCAAGUACAGCAGCGACCUGAGCCUAAGCCACAAUGGCAGGGGCCACAGCUGGAAACAAUGCGUAUGGAAGAGUUCAUCAAGAGCGUAACGGCUGAGGUCACCAGCAAAAUUAUUGGUGAACAGCAAGCGGCCCUGCGGCAACAAAGACAGUCGCCUACGCUUGCGCAAAUGGUUGCUGAUGUAAAUGUACCGGCCAGCUACGAAUGGACGCGUGUGCCGACAAAAGCCGAGCAGCGGCAAGCACGGACGACGAAGCAGCAAAAGCAGCAACAACAACAACAACAGCAGAAACCGGCAACGACAACGCGUAGACGAAUGCGCAACGACGUCGUUCGCGUAGUGCCGGCCACCGGCAAGACUUGUGAAGAUGUCGCCACGGCAGUCCGAAAGGACCAAAAAGUUAAUGCGGUCGUGGACAGCAUUACAAAGAAUGCCAGAGAGCACACGCUGGUGAAGCUCAAACCGUCGGCGGACGCGCAGGCUGUGCAGACUGCGAUUAGUGAGAUGGUCGGUGAAGCAGCACUGGCAACGUGCGUCAUGUCAGAGAUGACAACGGUGUGCAUCCGCGACAUCGACAUGCUGGCCACACCAGAGGAUGUUGCGAAUGCCGUGGAGGACCGAAUCCACGUGACGAUCCGCGCACCAAUCCUGAACAGGAUGAGGAAUGGACUACAAACGACACGAUUCUCGGUGCCGCGCCGCAGGGUAUCAGAGCUGACCGAAAGCAAGCUCCGGAUUUCCUACACAAGAUGUAGAGUGAAGGAACUAGGGCCGCUGCCCUUGAACCUUAAGCGCUGCUAUCGUUGCCUGGAGCGUGGUCACCUCAUGCAGGACUGCAAGGGACCAGAUCGUGCAUCACUGUGCCUCAACUGUGGCCAGUCGGAGCAUAAUGUGCACAGCACCAACAAAGUGCAUCAUCUGUCACGGCGAGCACCGAAUUGGUGCUAA